AUGUUUGAAAAGUCGCUCACAGAUCUCAUUCGUGGUAUCCGCGCAAACAAGAAAAAUGAACAAAAAUACAUUGCUGCGUGCUUACAGGAGAUCCAUCAAGAAGUAAAGAGUAAUGAUCCCGAUAUAAAAGCACAGGCAAUAUCAAAACUGACUUAUGUACGUGGAAUUAUCAGCUACGAUAUGUCAUGGGCAUCUUUUCAUGUAGUUGAAGUUAUGUCAUCGGCGAAAUUUUUUCAGAAACAUUCGGGUUACUUGGCGGCCACGCAAUCCUUCCGGCAGGAUACAGAUGUGUUAAUGUUAACUACUAAUUUAUUAAAAAAGGUGGAUCUCGCAUCAGGAAAUCACCUUGAGGUCGGUAUAGCUCUUAAUGGACUCUCUCACAUCGUCACACCAGAUCUUGCUCGUGAUCUUUGUCAGGAUCUUGUUUCAAUGCUUAGUCAUUCUCGUCCUUAUGUGCGAAAAAAAGUGGUGCUUGUUCUUUAUAAACUCUUUCUUAAAUUUCCUGAAGCCUUGAGAUUAAGUUUUCCCCGUUUAAAAGAACGGAUUGAUGAUCCUGAUUCAUCGGUCGUAUGCGCUGUUGUUAAUGUAGUAUGUGAAUUAGCACGGAAAAAUCCAAAAAACUAUUUGUCUCUUGCACCACAAUUGUUUAAGUUAUUUAAUACUUCUUCCAAUAAUUGGAUGCUUAUAAAAAUUAUUAAACUGUUUGGUGCUUUAACACCAUUAGAGCCACGCCUUGCCAAGAAACUUUUACCACCAAUUACACAACAAAUACAAACAACUGCAGCUAUGUCAUUACUAUAUGAAUGUAUACAUACCGUAAUUAUUGGCGAUAUGCUAACGUCAGGUGGAAAUUCUGAUGCUUUGGCUGCAAUGUGUGUCAACAAAUUGAGGAUAUUCCUAGAAGAUCCUGACCAGAAUUUGAAAUAUGUUGGACUCUUGGCAUUAUCCAAAAUUCUUCCAACAUAUCCAAAAUUAGUAGCAGAAAACCGUGAUAUUAUUCUAAAAUGUAUUGAUGACCAUGAUAUUAGUAUCCGUUUACACAUCGUUAAACGCUUGAUGUCACAUCUUUUACCAUCAAAUAAUAAUAAUGACGCAUCAUCAGAUCAUCUACUCCCAUCAACAUUGCUUGAACCAGCUUAUCGAGCAGACAUAAUAAAUCGGAUUAUAUAUAUAUCUGGUGUUAAUGUUGGUGACUUACUAACAACCCAAAUAAUGGAUGUUGGUGUUCGUGUCAAGAGUGUACGGCAAUAUUGUGUAAAAGCAAUGCAAAGAUUGCUAUCAGAUUCUAGUCUUUUGGAAAAUUCUAAAUUUUCAGAAUCCAAUUCUGAAGUGCUUUAUGCUGCUGCUUGGAUAACAGGGGAAUAUUGCAGUUAUCUGGAAACACCAACUGAUACCAUUGGAUUUCUUGUUCAGCCUGGCGUUACAAAGCUUCCGUAUAAUGUUCAAGCUGUUUAUAUUCAAAGUAUUUUGAAAAUAUAUGCACAGUGGGCAAAUAAUUUGACUUAUAAUUGGGAUGAGGAUUCAAAACAGGAAUUAUUGCGGUUUACAGAAAUGAUAAAAGAUAAAAUAUCAAUGUUUUGCUCUAGUACCGAUUUGGAAGUUCAAGAAAGGGCGUACAAUGCACGAGAGAUAUUUUCAAUAAUCCAUCAACAUUUGACUAUGACACCAGAUAAUUCGUUUGAUGUUAAAAAUGAUAUAUAUACCUCAACCAAUAAACCUCCUGAUGUCAUCUCUGAGCUUUAUCCGCUUUGUUUUUAUUAUGAGCUUAAUCCUGUGGCUCCUAAAGCACAAAAAAAGGUGCCAGUUCCCGAAGGAUUAGACUUAGAUGCAUGGAUUAAUGAACCAUUACCUGAAUCAGAAAACAAUGAGAGUGAAGAAGAGGAAGAAAGUUAUGGGUAUGGAUAUACUCAAAAGUUUGGUGGAAGUGGUGAUUUGAUAUUUUCUAGUGGUAGUGGUACAGCGAUUGGAAGGCGUCGCGGUAGAAAAUCAAGUAAAAAAAAGUAUGACAGUGAAGAGGAUGAGGAACUUAAGGAAAAGCGCCGCAAUGAACGUAAUGAACGUAUCAAGAAUGAUCCAUUUUAUAUUAGUAGUACAGGGAAAGAUCUUGUUAAAAAUUCAAAACCAGACAGACAAUCAAAACGUAUUACGGAAGAAAUUGAUGUGGAUUCUAUACCAGUAGUUCGUUUGACGAUGGAUGAAUUUACCUUUAAAACCGAUAAAAAAAAAUCUAAAAAAUCUAAAGCGUCAAAGAAAAAAGAAGACCGACAUUCACCGCCACCUGCUCCACCGGUUAUUUAUACUGACAUUGGUGAGAUGCCAGAGAAUGCUACUAUAUCCGAUGAAGAAAAGGAUACUACGAAAACUGGCUAUAAUAAUCCUUGGAACACAAUAUCAAACAAAACUGGUAUUUUAGAUGUAGAUUUUUCUGGUUUGUCAAAUAUAGAUCUGUCAACACCAUUAGGAAAAGAUGAGAAAUUUCCACAGACCGCAGUUUAUCUUGCACCUGAGGAGGUUCGAAGGCGAGAAGAGGAAAGGGUAAGACGAAGAAUUGAAGAAAGACGAAUCAAGCAGACACAAGAAAGUACAUCUCGGACUAAAAAAAGCAAGGACGAAAAACAAAAAUCGAAAGCCUCUUUAGAGAUUACUCCAAAAACAAAAAGUGUGGAAAAUAAUGGUGAACAAUCAUCUAAAUCCAAAAAGGCACCCAGGAAAAAACGUGUCGAAGAGACUGAUGAUCGAAAGAAAAAAGGAAAGAAGGACAAAGGAAAGAAACCCAAAAAGAAGAAUCUAACAUUAGAUGGUGCCACAUCAGAACAUAAUAAUGUAGUUGUAGAACCGCACAGAAUUAGCACUGUUACAAUCAAAACAUUGGUGGAUUCAGACGAUAUUCAAGUUGUAGGUUCUUCUACAGAAGUCAAAAAUGAACCUCCUAUAAUGAUUGCAGAUUUCACUGUUCGCAAUAAUUGUUCAUACAAAUAUCCCCUUUCUAAAUUGGCAUUUGCUUUUGAAUCAACAUCAGACAUUCAAUUUGACAAAGCAUUAAUAGAGAUAGGUGAAUUACAACAUGACGAGCAAAAAAGCGUGACAAUAGAAUUUAAAGUCAUGGGAAUUGUUGGUGUGGGUUUAAGUGUUUCUGGGAACAUUACGUACGAAAUACAGUCGGAUGAAGAAACAAAAACAAAUUCUGAUAUACCAAUAAGGUUUGAGUUGCCUAUGGCGGUAUUCAUGCUAAACAUUCCAAAAAUGACGCCAGAAGAGUUUAAGUCGUGUGUUUCUAAAACAGCGGACUUUCCAUUUACUGGAUCAACAUCUAUACUGCUAAAUACUUCAACUAAUUUAAUUGAACAAUCUUUCCAAAACGAUGUGAUACGAUUAAUACCAAUGGCAAUGGGAACGCAUAUUGUUGAGCAAAUACCUGGUGCUAUAACAAUCUAUGGUAGGAGUGUACAAGGAUAUCAAGUUGCAGGGUUAGCAAAAUUAACGGUUGAAAAAAAUUUAGUUGUGGAAGAAAUUGAGAUACCUGGUAGUGCACAAAAUACCGGGGUUCGCAUUGAACUUAAAUGCACAGACCAGGCAUUCGUCGAUGGUUUAAUUAGAGAGAUUGAUUAUUUGUUUAGAAAAGAAUUGUGA